AUGGGGCCAACUCUGCCUCUGCCACCGCUGCUGCUGCCGCUGCUGCUGCUGCUGUGGGGUGCCAGGGGUGGGGCCGAGGCGGGAGCCGGGAGUUCGGGCAAGAAGACCUUAAGCCUGGCGGGAGACUUGGUUCUGGGAGGGCUGUUCCCGGUGCACCAGAAGGGGGUCCCGGGGGCUGGGGGGAACGGGGAGUGCGGCGGCCCUGUGAACGAACAGCGCGGUGUGCAGCGCCUGGAGGCCAUGCUCUUCGCCCUGGACCGUAUCAACGGCGACCCGAGGCUGCUGCCAGGCGUGAGGCUGGGCGCUCACAUCCUCGACAGCUGUUCCACCGACACGCACGCACUAGAGCAGGCACUCGACUUCGUGCGCGCCUCCCUCAGCCGCGGCGCCCCAGGCUCCCGCCACGUGUGCCCCGACGGCUCCUACGCCAUCCACGGCGAGCCGCCCACGGCCAUCACCGGCGUCAUCGGUGGCUCCUACAGCGACGUCUCCAUCCAGGUAGCCAACCUGCUUCGGCUUUUCCAGAUCCCACAGAUCAGCUACGCAUCGACUAGUGCCAAGCUUAGCGACAAGUCUCGUUACGAUUACUUUGCUCGUACGGUGCCCCCAGACUUCUACCAGGCCAAGGCCAUGGCUGAGAUCCUCCGCUUCUUCAACUGGACCUACGUAUCGACUGUGGCCUCAGAGGGCGACUACGGGGAGACGGGCAUUGAGGCCUUCGAGCUAGAGGCCCGCGCCCGAAACAUCUGCGUGGCCACCUCAGAGAAGGUAGGCCGGGCCAUGAGCCGGGCCGCCUUCGAGGGUGUCGUUCGAGCCCUGCUGCAGAAGCCCAGUGCCCGAGUGGCUGUUGUGUUUGCUCGCUCCGAGGAUGCCCGAGAACUGCUGGCGGCUGCCCAGCGCCUCAAUGCCUCCUUCACCUGGGUGGCCAGCGACGGUUGGGGUGCCCUGGAAAGUGUGGUGGCCGGCAACGAAGGGGCCGCAGAGGGUGCCCUCACCAUCGAGCUGGCCUCCUACCCCAUCAGUGACUUCGCCACUUACUUUCGAGCCCUGGACCCGUGGAACAACAGCCGGAACCCUUGGUUUAGAGAGUUCUGGGAGCAGAAGUUUGGCUGUAGCUUCCGCCGGCGGGAUUGCGGGACCCACUCGCUCAAGACGGGGCCCUUCGAACAAGAGUCCAAGAUCAUGUUUGUGGUCAAUGCAGUGUAUGCGAUGGCCCACAGCCUGCACAACAUGCACCAGGCCUUGUGUCCCAACACCACUCAUCUGUGUGACGCCAUGCGCCCGGUCAAUGGGAAGAGACUCUACAAGGAGUUCAUGCUCAAUGUCAAGUUUGAUGCGCCAUUUCGGCCCGCUGACACCCACAAUGAGGUGCGCUUCGACCGCUUCGGGGAUGGCAUUGGCCGAUACAACAUCUUCACCUACCUCCGUGGGGGCAGCGGACGCUACCGUUACCGGAAGGUGGGCUACUGGGCUGAAGGCCUGAGCCUGGACACCAGCCUCAUCCCCUGGGCCUCAGCCCAGGGCGUCACCCUCCCCGCCUCCCGGUGCAGCGAGCCCUGCCUGAAGAACGAGAUGAAGAGCGUCCAGCCGGGCGAUGUGUGCUGCUGGCUCUGUAUCCCGUGCCAGCCCUACGAGUAUCUGCAGGACGAGUUCACCUGCACAGACUGUGGCUUGGGCUACUGGCCCAAUUCCAGCCUGUCCGGCUGCUUCGAGCUGCCCCAAGAGUACAUCCGCUGGGGCGACGCCUGGGCUCUGGGGCCGGUCACCAUCUCCUGCUUGGGCUCUCUGGCCACCCUCUUCGUCCUGGGCGUCUUUGUUCGCCACAAUGGCACCCCUGUGGUCAAAGCCUCGGGCCGGGAGCUCUGCUACAUCCUCCUGGCGGGCGUCCUGCUCUGCUAUUCCAUGACCUUCGUGUUCAUCGCCAAGCCCUCCACGGCCGUGUGUGCCCUGCGACGCCUGGGCUUGGGCACCGCCUUCUCCGUCUGCUACUCGGCUCUGCUCACCAAGACCAACCGCAUCGCCCGCAUCUUCGGCGGCGGCGCCCGGGACGGAGCCCGGCGGCCCCGCUUCAUAAGCCCCGCCUCCCAGGUGGCCAUCUGUUCGGCCCUCAUCUCCGGCCAGCUGCUCAUCGUGACCAUCUGGCUGCUGGUGGAGGCACCCGGCACUGGCAAGGAGACGGGGCCCGAGAGGAGGGAGGUGGUGACCCUGCGCUGCAACCAUCGCGACUCCAGCAUGCUGGCUUCGCUGGCCUACAACGUGCUGCUCAUCGCGCUCUGCACCCUCUAUGCCUUCAAGACCCGCAAGUGUCCCGAGAACUUUAACGAGGCCAAGUUCAUCGGCUUCACCAUGUAUACGACCUGCAUCAUCUGGCUGGCCUUCCUGCCCAUCUUCUACGUCACCUCCAGCGACUACAGGACACAAAUGAAGGAUGCUUGGGAGCUGAAAAAUGCAGACCUGGUGGUGGGUGGCUGA